AUGACUGAAUCCCAAGAGUCUUCAGAACGUGGGGACUACCAGGCGGAUCACGCUGCGCUCGAACCCAGAAGAUCUCUCUCUGCAGAAGGAAAGGUCUCUUUACCUCAAGAGGUAUCAGACCAAAGCAACUGUAAGAGAGAAGUUGAACGUAUUUGCAACUCCUCUGCGUUUGUUGCACGGGCUGUUGAGUCCCUAUGUAAGCAGGAGGUUCUCUCUAAAGGCGUGGACAUGAUUGAAGUUCUGAAUGACGUCGAGCGGGAGGAAGAGACUAUGUUCUCACCAGUACCUGAAUACCUCCAGAGAGAGUGGACGCAGCUAAAAUCGGGGAACAACGAACUUAGGAAAGUUAUUGAAUCGAGGGUUGACACAGUGGCAACGUUUCAGAACGAACGUGAAGGACGCAUUUCUUACAGUGCCGAAUCAAGAAUUGUUAUUGACCCCGCUGUUCCUUUGACCAUGCCAUACAGCAAAGAACGCCACAAUGUCUCUCACCCAGAGUGGAAGGAAAUGCAUAGUAGGUAUCAUGGAUUGUUUUUUGACCAAGGAGAGCCUGUGGUGUUCACUCCUCCAGCGGAGAACAAACGUAAGCAAGUUCAAAAGUUGCGUGAGGAGGAGGCAUAUUGGAAAAAGAAGUUUCAACGUCCUGAGCGGCAAUCUGAAGACCCACCCAAGAAGCUCAAGACAGUGCCAAGCGACUUUGUUCCAUCAUGUGCCAUUGUUGAUCAUUCCUCUGCGCGAGAAAAGUUGCUCCUGAAGAAGCAGCUUGAAAAAAACAAAACUGGGAAAAAAACGGUGGUCCCCCAGACGGCUGAGGUAGCUUUGUAUUAG